AUGCGGCGGUGCGCUCUUGUACGGGCGGCAAAUCCCUUACCAUCGACUGUGCACGCCUCCAUCGGCAAUAUCAACAAUAAACAGAGCGUUGUCUCCCCUUGUUGCCAUACCGUUGCGGAACCGUCAGUUGACACUAAUGCAGAGGAAUAUCGACACUUGGCACAUGAAUUGGCGCUACUGUCACAGGAAGAGUUUGGUCGUCGUCUCUAUCGGUUUAGCCGAACAAAGUUUGAUCCCAUACACACUACGGCGGUCCACGCACAUCUAUCUGAGUUGCUUUCCCGACGCGUGCAAGAGUUAACCGUGAAGUGUGUUCGUGAGUAUGCCCAUCUGGCGCAUGUCGCUAAUCUACAUAAGCUGUGCUUAGAAGUAUACUACGCCCGAGCGAGUGUUACCACAGUCGCUUCCGCGGUGGAAGUUAAUAACAUGAAUGUUGGGAACUUUGCUGUUUCUGACUUUGUUGUUGACAGUGCUUACGCCCUUGGUAGUACGCCUGACCUGAUUCGUUUAGCGUCUGAUUGCGUAAAGCAUCUACAACACGUACCAUCCCUUGGUUGGGAGGUGAUGAGUGCGUUCUCUUUGGUUCGUGCGUUUUGGCGCUGCAUUUGCAUUGCCUCAAAUAACGGAAGACAGAUGAAUGCAGACUCCAAGCAAACCCUUCAGGACGCUGCUCACAUCUAUGAUGAAUGCAUGGGGUUGGUGUACCCCGACUCUUAUGGGGAGCUUAGUACACAAGAUGCCAUACGCACAGUCCAGAGGUUCGUGCAAUAUGCUUCUUCUGCGGAUGAGGGGGAGAUGCUUUUCUUUCGGUUUUGUUUUCAAAAGGGGUUUCUUCGAAGGCCACGCGAUAUAGUGCGAGGAGAGGGCAGUGAUAAUGGACUUGGGGCAAGUGUUGGUGGCACUUAUAAGGGAGGAAUAAUUACCGAGGAGCAGUGGUUCUAUGCGAGUCUCAUCGCGACAUGCCGCGUUGGAAAUCACGUGGACUCUGCACUCCGGUACUUUGACAUCAUUGGAUCGUUCCUUGGAAUUGUGCAGGUUAGUUGCAACGAUCUUCUUCGUCCCUCCGCACGGAAGCUUCAGCAAGACGGUUGGAAGCUGCCAGAAGAAGCUAAAGAAUCGAAAAGUGGAAAAUCGGUGGAAGUCUCAGAGUACCUUAUCUUUCAGCUACUGAACGUACUUCAAACAGCAAAGGAUAACAAAAAGAUUGUCUUUAUCGCACGAGCAAUGUUACAGGAUGAGGUGAAACUUGGUAUAAGUGUUUGGAGCAUCGUGCUGAUUGCGGCAGGCGAGAUGCGAGCUGUGGAUUUGGCACUUGUCGCCUAUUCACAAGCUAGGGAAGCUCUACUAGAUGGCGGUCACGCCAUGGACCGCCGCGGGAAUGAGUACCUGUUACAAACCGCCAUUCAUGCGUUGUCCAAAUGUCAGGUCCCUCGAUUUGAGGAAGAGUACCUGCGGCCUUGUAAAGACCAGCAACUGAUGCAUUGUACUAAUGAGUUCUACUUCUGUGCUCUCCUUCAACACGCACAUAACUCCAUGGACCCUGCAGCCGGUGCGGAGGAGGUUCUACGCAGAAUGAGGGAGAAGGGAACGCCGCUCACCACUCGAGUAAUCUCCAGGCUAAUUAAAAUUUACUUGCGCAUCGAGUCCCCCAAGCUACUAGAACUGUAUCAACAUGCCACGCAACAACUCAAGGCAUUCAAGCUGUCAUGGCUUGAUGAGCUGCUGCUGUGGGCCGAUCGACGUCGAUACAACCUCUCCCGUGAGGAUCGAAAAUACAUAUUGGAUGAAGUGCAACGUGUUCACGGCACAAAAAGCAUACGGGACGACCUUGGCGGGCUCCGCCCACAGUAUGCACUUUUAAAAUAUGACUACGAACACGCCCCACUGGAGGUUUUUGCCUCCACAUCGCACCCACCCGAGAAGGAGCCAAAUAUAUUGGACCCACGCGUCCACUUUCUUCUAAAAUAUCCUCAUUGUGUAGCUCAUGCCCCACAGAAAAGAUGUAUCUACCGUACAUUAGGGCACACCAGCACAUUUGUAGAUCUCGAACGAACACAAAUGUUUUUGCGCUCAACUCUACUCAGCACAGAAGGUGCAACUACGAACAAUGAAAAAAACAAAACAGAGGAAUUUCGCAUGUACAUGGGUCGCAUCCUUCAGGCUCUGCAAAGCAGUAACAAUUGCGCAGCAUAG